CGUCAAUUAGGGGUAGGCGCGACCAGAGAGGCUACGGCGCUGCGGCGCCUGGCGGCGCCCAGAGCUGGCCGACGGCACAAAACAUGCACCUGCACAUGGGACCCGCGACCCGCUCCUCAGCCAUUCUUCUUGCUGUGUUGCUCUCCUGUUCCGCCGCAGCCGCCGCGCAUGCUCCGCGUCGGGCAGUACUCGUCGGCGGAGCGUUGGGAUGCCUCGUGCCGCAGCCUUCGCCGGCAGCCUCGCCAGCCGCCGCGCCAGCCGCCGCGUCCGCGCCCGCCGCAGUGACGGACCGAGGCUUCAUCGACCUGCGCGUGAUCCGCAGCUUUGACGUCGACAGCGGCGUCCUGGAGGACGCGGCCGUGCGAGGGCGCGUCCAGUUCGAGCUCUACGGCAACGACGCGCCUAAAGCGGUGGAGCGAUUCAAGGGCUUUGUGAAGGGCGACAUUGGCCAGUUCCGGUCGAGCAGCGACGGGCCGUCUUACCGCACCGGCGCCUUCACCACCCUGCGGCCCGGAGUGAUCCUGCAGGGCGGGCGUAUCAACGGCCUGCGGCUCACGGAGUUUGCUGGCGCGCAACAGUACGAGUACGGCUCGCGGCUCGUCCCGCUCGAUGGCGUGGUCGAGGUGAACGAGCUCAAGCAUGACCGGCGCGGGCUGAUCACGCGGCGCCAGUUCUCGGCGGGGCCCGAGUUUGGCAUCACUCUCGGCCCGGCGCCGCAGCUGGACAGCGGCUGGGAGGUGAUCGGGCGGCUGUCGCAGGACUCGGCCGGGCUGCUGCCGCUCAUCGAGGGCCUCCCGUACAUCACGGGGCGGAGCCUCGAGGAGCCCGGCUCGGUCGCCGACAACGUGUUCAACGCGCAGAAGAGCCUCUUCACAUCCCUGUCAAAGACCAUCGGCGACAGCCGCGCGGAGGACAGGACGGGGCAGCUCCUGCGGCGCGUCGAGAUUGUCAACUGCGGGCUGCUAUGAGGCGCAGGGGCGGUUGCCUUUGUGAGACAAGACACAUUUAUUUUCU